CCAAUACCAAACAAAAGAAAUCAGAUAUUAUAGUCACCAUCAUGAUUGAUAUUGCAAUUGCUCAAACCUUUCCCACGUCCCCAUUUUUUGUUGGGAUUCCUUGAGUGUGCUCCACCUAAGCCUUACCUACUUUUGCAUAUGCUUGCCUCUCCCAGGACCAGCGUACUUUGGAUAAAUGCAUCCUUCAAUAUGGCACUUGGCAGGGCAGAACCACAGCAUCACCAGUCAGAUUAUAGGGUGUGGAGCCCCAAGACCGGUCACCACGCUGUAUCCCCACAAGCCAGCUGCCAGGCCAGGCCAGACAGGACAGGCCCGCAGGGGGCUGGGCGCGGAAUCGGGUCGUUCGCACCCAUGGGGGGGGCGUCAGCAAAGCAAAAGAGAGAGCGAGCGAGCAAAAUUUCUUACACCCUCCCCCAGCAGUCAGCGCGGGAAGAUCAGGUACAGUACGGGUAUGAAGGUGAGCAGUAAGAGGACCACGGCCAAUCAUUCCCGAAUGGAGGUGCGGAACACCGUUUUCCUUUUCAGAUCGCCCAUAGGCUGGCUGUCUUCUUCUGUCAAUUGUCAUCUUUUUUAUUACUUCCACCCUUUUCAGCAAAUGGAUCGCGUCGUCGUCUAUUACACUCAGAGCGAGUAUUUUACACUUCCACUACCAACAUCUCGCCAUGUCUUUAGGGGGCAUGCACCCGUUGCCCUGGGUGUUGGAACCGUACAGUAGCGCUAUCACGUCACGUCAACAAAAGCAAGGGAAUACGGCAAGUAGACUUCUAGAAGCAACGAGGGGGUUUGGUGGACGAGAUGAAACACAUACCUAUGAGAGCGAGCACAUUCUAAAUCCGGUUCUAUCGCCAUGGGGUGCCUGAUAUAUGGCCGGCAUGUCGGGAAGCAUCGCAUGGCAGCAUGUUGAGGGUUCGCUUGCGCGACAGGUGAACCGACUUCG